AUAAUCAAACACGUUUAAAUUGGUACAAAAUAGGGGGGAAUAACUGAUCAAACCUUUAUGUUGAAGAAUCGUCUCUUUUCAUUCUUGUCAAAACCCGUUGGUCCCAUUUUGAAAUAUUGUCUCAUGAUAACUUUUAAAAAAUGCCAAUAUCGAAUACAACUUUACUGAUCUAUCUAUCGUGCGCACUAAUGGUGAAACAGUAUAGUGGAAAGUUGCCUUCAGAAACUAAGACUAUCAAUAUUUCAUUACAAAAAAAUAACAAACGCUUAUUGAGCAUCUCUGUAUUACAAAAUAUGAUAUCUGGACUUGCUUUAACAGUUCGAAAUUGGUUGCUAGUACAUUUGCUGCAAGCUGGAAUCUCAUUGUUUUGUUAUGGAAUCUACAAAUUACUUUCGGAAUUUUGAGUAUAGCGUACUGGAUUUUAAAUUAGGAAAGUACAUUGUUUGCAAUACUGGUUUAAUUCAAUGGAUGUCAAAGAAGUUCUUCCUAUUUGCCUUCAUUAACAGUUUGCUACUGUCAUUAGGCUAUUAUAUAAUUUUUAGCAACGUCAUUUUGAAAUCAUCAGCUAGACAAUUGCAGUGGAUUAAAAGUAAGAAUUCCAUUUUGGCAACGAAAACGAUAUUUACCGAAACACCACGAGAACAAAGGACGUUUGUUUGCAAUGAAGUAUUUAAAAUUACACUUGAAGAAAAUUUGAAGGUCAUUCAAAACUAUCCAAUAGGUAAUGCUAAGAUGUACCUAAAGAGACUAGGGGUAAACAACCUUGAACCAAAUCAAUUACGAAGUUUUCCAGUUUUCGUAACUGCUUUUGAUAGCACAUAUUUCAAUGAAUCUGAAGGCUUGUUUAAAUCUUUGCAUGAAAAUUUUCUGGACAAUUCAAAAUAUAAAAAAGAUGUGCAUAUAGUUGCUUACGACAUGGGGUUGACGACACUGGAGGCAUUAAUGGUAAAGAGAUCGUGCCAAUGCGAGCUUCGGAAAUUUCAGUUUGAAUACCUACCACUGCAUGUGCGAGCACUUACAACAUACGCAUUCAAACCAAUCAUUGUACAGGAGGUGCUGAUGGAAUUUGGUUUUGUUUGGUGGGUUGAUACUUCUAUACGCUUUACCACUAAUAAUAUUGAUUUACAAAUAGCCUACACUAAAGCAAAAGGUAUACUUUACACAGUCUCAAGAAACAGUUUAAUGAAAGGGUCACUAACGAAAAAUACAUUAAACGCAACAUUUAAUUAUUUCCAAGAGGAUCAUUGCAAGUUCCGGCCCUUUCAUGCAGUAUGGGCAACUACACUUCUUUUCCAUUUUGAUCGCGUGACACGUGCCGUUGUCAAAGCAUGGGUAAUAUGUGCACUAAACAAACCUUGCAUUGCACCAACCGGAAGUGAAUAUAAAAGGGGAUGCAGCUUGAAAGAAAACUACGAUGGAAGGUGUCACAGAUUUGAUCAAUCGGCAUUUGGGAUUAUAAUACGCAGACUUUUCCACGAUCAGGAUUACCCAGUCGAUAAGAAUCUCACGCUCAUUUAUACAAUUAAACGUAAUGAUUAUGUUCAGUAUUUCAAAUAACAUUUAUUGUCUUUCACAUGGUGUUUCUACCAUAGGGUUUUCAUUCAAAUUAUUGAGAAACAAAGAACACACUGAAACAUUUUGGAAGUAAAAUUUAUUUGUAUAAUAGUAGCAAACUGCAGUAUUUCUGAAUUCAGAUUAAUAAUCAUUCAAAGAUUGAAAAUGAUGAGAAGAAAGGUACUUUUGGUAUUUCCAGCUAGGCGUGAUAUAAUGGAAUGCUUCUGGAUGAUACUUUGUCGACCUAUUACUUGUUUUGUUAAUUUUGGGUCAUAAAGACAAAUACGAAAACCCAAAAGCAUUUGCCACUUUAAAAGUUCGCAGCCUUAACAAAAUUAAACUAUACAUCAGUGUUUGUACGGGUGUGAAGAUGACUGAAAUUCACACAAAAAGCAUAGGCAUAAUAGCGAUUGAAAAUAAAUACCAUGUGCAGUGCUGGUAAUUGUAAGUGGUUAAACACUGCAGAGUUAAAAUCGAUUAAUGGAGCCCACCAACCUCUUUCAGACCACUCGAUAUCCAACAAUAUGACAGGAUAGUUUUAAUUAAGAUAUCCAAUGCAGGCGAAUCUAUAACACAUGUAAUCAUAACAAAAUGCACGAUUCAUAAGCUAUAUUAAUACUGUGUAGCAACCAUUAAGGGUCCAACGAAACAGGAAAACAAGUCAUAAUGUUAUCUAGUUCCGCUUCAGUGGUUUUACCUUAUACUAUGGUAUAAAAACUUGUUUAUUCCUUAGAUUAACCAAUCAAUUGUUUUUGUUCUACCACUGUCCAUAUAUAUACCGAGACACAAAAGUGUAUCGGUCGGUUAGAUACUGCAUAUCUAAGGUCAGUAUAACAAGGCUUAGCUUUGACACUUAAACCUGGACUUAGUCCACUGCUCAUCAACGAACAAUGUUGACCAUUAAAUACGGCCAUAUCAAUAUAUUUUCAAAUAAAUCAAUAUAAUUAUAAAUCUUUAAAUACAUUUAGGACUUACAAUAUAAUUAUCAUUAAUUUAAUAGCUAGCUUCUAUAUUAGUAUAAUUGAAUAUAUACUAAAUAAAAUAUAAUAGUCACUAUAUACUGUAGGCUUACUUAUUUUAGCGGUGUACUAAUAACAGCGCUUUUAGCGCUAUUGCACAUGCGCUAAAUCAUGUCCGCGCAUUGAUUUGUCCAAGCAUUUUCAUGUACAUCUUCAUUUGAUGAUGUUUUCUUAGAACUUUUGCAAAUAAAUAGUUUUGAGUUUGCACUAGUUACACUGCUUGCUGAUAUUUUAAGAUUCGUAUGAUAUUCUUGUUUAUUGUUCAUAUUAUUAUUUUAAAUAUAUGAUCAUGCAAAAUAAAAUAUUUAAGCUUGUA